GAACCAUCAGUAGCGGUCCAAAAGUUUUCUUUCUCCCAUCAGGCUCUUGGCGAGUUGUCAACUACCUCUUACUCACUGCUACUCUUUGAACGCAUUCACACACUCACUUCAGCUAAUGUCGACUCCCGCGAGAAAGAGACUUAUCAGAGACUUCAAGAAGCUUCAAAACGACCCUCCAUCGGGAAUCAGUGGGGCACCAUGCGACAACAAUAUCAUGCAGUGGAAUGCAGUCAUCUUCGGCCCGGAUGACACACCAUGGGAAGGCGGUACUUUCAAGCUGACCCUACAGUUCACUGAAGAUUACCCCAACAAGCCACCAGUUGUCAAGUUUGUGUCAAGGCUAUUCCAUCCAAACGUCUACAACGACGGUGGUAUCUGCUUGGACAUCCUCCAGAGCAACUGGAGCCCUAUAUAUGAUAUUUCCGCUGUUCUAACUUCAAUCCAGAGCCUGCUAUGCGACCCCAACCCAAACUCCCCGGCGAACUCUGAGGCCGCUCGUCUGUUCCAGGAAAACCGCCGCGAAUACAACAAGCGUGUGCAACAGAUUGUUGAGGACUCGUGGACGGCAUAAGGAAGGCCCUGGUUCGCUCGCUUCUGCUGUCUUCCGCGCGAAGUACCAAUUACUUCACCGCCUUUGUUCGUAUGUCUGUACAGUAAUUCACAGGGCGUCUUAUGGCCGGGUUACGUUGAUGUUUAGGAAGAUUCUCACAGUUGCGCUCUUUCAAAAGCUUCCUGCUCAUUUGGACCGUU